UAUAGUCCUGUAAGUAUUCUAUUCAGUAAUUAGAAUUUAUCAAGUGCACUAAUCCGUCCUACAUUCGAGUCUUCAAAGGCUGCUUUACCUUUUACUUCUCUCAUUUACUGUAUAGUAUCUACAUGCAACGUGGCUUACCGAGAGGAAAGAAUGGCUCCAGCGGGAAAUCGUGAUGCGUGUCCGAGAGGUGCGCGUUGGAUGUAGCAGCACUUUCAUUGUUUUUCGAUGUCUCGACGUGAAAAGGUGCAAGCGAUUUCAUACGUUACCACAAGCACUAACUGGUGUACCCAUCGUCGCCAAAAGACGAAAGCGAUUUGAAUACUCUGUGAAGUAAUGCAGUUCAAACAGCCGGCAAUUUGGUUAUUUGAGCUCUUGUCGAUCGGUUUCGUACAUACCGGUAUUAGUGAUUGGGACGCGUGUAGUGGACGAUUGGAACGCGCGUUGGACGCAUUGUACAAAGAUUCUACUAGAAGAAACAAGUUAGACGAAGAAGAAGCCGGAAUGUUGUAUCAGCGCGAAUUACAUUUUGUUCCUCUGGAAAUGUCUAUCUCCCAUAUGACUGUGAAGCUCUCAAAGGAGCCCGGAGAUCAUUUGGCACGAGUGGAGCAAUGCAUGUACGAUCCUGAUCGCAAUUCUCUGAGGACGCGCAUCGUAUUCAACGACCUUUCGGUAUCCGGAAUAGUGUCUCUAAUUCCACGAAGUCAUCGUGCCCUGAUUUCUGCUGAAUCCUGCAGAAUGAUAUUGCGACUGAGACGGGCAGGAAUAGAUUUUCUCACCAGUCCAAUUGCUCGUGGACGCAGCCAGAUGCGUAUACGUACAGAAUCCAGUUUCCUGGAACCCAGAUUUGCAUCGAUUUAUGCAUACGGCUGCCAUUCUACGCGUAUUGACAAACAAAUCAAACGGCAUGAUAAGCGGCUGCCGUAUUAUUUAACUAAUCUCAAAAAGAUUACACCAACGUUGCCUCUAAACAAGUAUGAUGCAGCGGAACCAAGACAAUUGGCGGGAAAUGUUGAAGAAAUGGACAUUAUCAUAUCGAAUGAAAGUCGAUAUUCGGGUUACUCGCACACUCCCGAGACAAACGAUGUUUGGAGAAGAAAUUCUUGGGUCACUAAAUCGUCCCGUCAGAAACGUUCAAUAGCGCGUACCACGGUCAUCACACCACAUAUCUUUCUAAAUGCUCUGAUAAAUCGGCGUAAAUCAAUGGAAAAUGUUACUAAAAGUUUUAAUUUCACCAAUGAUUUCCAAAACGAAGAUCCACCACAAAAUGCAUUGCGAGAGGUAAGGGAGCUCGUAGUAAACGACAAUCUCGACAUUGUGUUUCCUGAAGAGUCGGAGAAUCCAAAUAGGAGUUGGCAAUCUAAAGAGUAUAUCACGAGGGAGAUGGAAGAUGUAUUUUUGCAAGGUGCUAGUCAAGUGUUGACCAGAUACAUCGAACGUCAACUACAUCCUGCAAUUAAAGAGACACUAAUGCUGUCCAUGGGUUAUACCAUUAGUUAUGGAUAAAAAUGAAAAAAAUUGAUGUAUUGUAGUUAACUUUUUAAAGACUUGUAUUAAAGAAUUGUAUUAUUGUCAUUAAAAAUCUUUUUUUAUUAAUUUUAUAAAAAGUAUUUU